AUGGCUUCUGUCUCCGAGCGCACGUUCAUUGCCAUCAAGCCCGACGGAGUCCAGCGGGGACUGGUAGGAGAAAUCAUCAAGCGGUUUGAACAGAAAGGAUUCAAACUGGUGGCCAUGAAAUUAAUACGUGCUUCUGAAGACCUUCUGAGAGAACACUACAUUGACCUAAAAGAUCGGCCAUUCUAUGAUGGUCUAGUGCAGUAUAUGCACUCUGGACCUGUUGUAGCUAUGGAACAUCAUUCAUGGAAGUGA